AUGAAGCUCUCACCAUUCCUCGCCCUGUGCCUCUCCACAACAACCUUAGCUCAAAAGCUCUCCCAAUCCCAAGCCAUCUCCCGUCUCCGCCAGUACGGCAUUACAACCAAUGCCCAACCACCUCAGACAUCUCUCGGAGGCGUCCAAUCCACCACCAUCGACGGUGCCAUCGCUCUAAAGCAGGCCUGCAACUGCCAGCUCAUCAUCACCGGCGGCACCGAGACCAAUGCUGGCCAUGCUGGAGGAACGUAUAGCCAUCUGACGGGCUACAAGCUGGACUUUAGGACCAAUUCGGCGUUGGAUAAUUUCGUCAAGGGAAGCUACACGAAGAUUGCAAAUCGGGGCCAGUACCCGCAGUGGCGCAACCCGCAGGGGGACAUCUAUUGUGAGGUGGCUACAGCGGCUACAGCGGUGGGAGUGGGGGAAGUGGCUAUUCUGGCUAUAGUGGUGGAAGUGGAGGUUCCGGUUAUAGUGGCGGAAGUGGAGGUUCUGGCUAUAGUGGUGGAAGCGGUGGGUCAGGAUAUAGUGGGGGAAGUGGAGGUUCAGGCUACAGCGGCGAGAGCGGGGGCUCAGGCUACAGUGGCGGUUCUGGAAAUGGGGGAUCUUCUGGCGGUAGGAGAUAGUACCGAUUAUGAGUUCUCCCGUGUGCUAACCUUCGAAUCAGGCUACAGCGGCGGUGGAUAUAGUGGCUAUCGCAAAGCUGAUGUUGCUCAAGAACAGCAAGCUGCCGCAGACUCUGCUUCGACUACCCUGGCGACCGUCGUUGUUGAAGCUACUACGCCGGCAGCUUCGCCAUGA